UCACUCAUUGUUAUAAGUAUGGCUUUAAACAACUUCUCUGGCAGUUUAAGGACCGACAUAGGUCUUGCUUUUCCAAACCUUCAGGCACUUAUUUUGGGGAAGAAUAGAUUCACUGGUCACAUUAGGAGUUCUCUGUCGAAUGCUUCAUCUCUUGAAGAACUAGACUUGAAUUGUAAUAAUUUCAUUGGCACCAUACCUUCGUGUUUUGGUAACCUGCAGAGUUUACAGUUGCUCAACAUUUAUAAUAACACUCUUGGAACUCGUGGUGUUGAUGAUUUGAGUUUCCUGAUCACUUCUUUGGCGAAUUGCAGCAAUCUACAACAUUUGGACAUCGCUAACAACCAGUUUGAAGGUCAAUUAACAUCUUCCAUAGCAAAUCUGUCAACACAGUUGAUAUGGUUCAGAAUUGACGGAAAUUAUAUACAUGGAAGCAUUCCUCCUGAGAUUGCAAACCUGAUCAAUUUGGAGAUAGUGAGCAUGACGCUAAACUUGUUAACAGGUACAAUUCCAGCUUCAUUUGGGAAACUUCCAAAGCUAAAAGUACUUUCUUUGGAUGCAAAUUUGCUUACAGGGGAGAUUCCCCCUUCCCUUGGAAAUGUCACCCUUCUGUUAGAUCUUGUUCUGCUAAACAACGCCUUAGAAGGAAGCAUACCUUCAAGUCUUGAAAACUGUAAAAAUCUGCAGUACCUAGACCUUUCCUACAAUAAACUCAAUGGUACCAUACCCACCCAACUUAUGGGUCUUUCUUCCCUCUUGACGGGUGUCUUGUAUUACAACUCCUUGAUUGGCUCCUUACCAGUGGAAGUUGGAAAUUUGAGAUUUCUUACUGGACUUGAUGUUUCUUACAACAAAUUGUCUGGAGAGAUUCCUAGUGCGCUAGGGUCCUGUUUGGACUUGGAACAACUCUACAUGCAGGGCAACCCGUUUCAAGGAACCAUUCCUUACCUAGGUAAUUUGACAUGCCUUCAAUAG